ACAACUCCGUUGCCCUGAGGAGUGCAAUAAGCAUUGGCCUGUGAAACAACGUCAAUGGACGUGGAGCGUCCUUUGUCCAAGUAACAAACAAAGCGGUGCCGUCUUUGAGGUGAGUGGUGAGAAAGAGAAGUAUAAAGUUUGAUACAUGUUUGAUUGCGUUUCGUUGCAACCACGACCUGUACCGCCCGCCAAAAUAGGCUUCAUACUAGCGUCCUCGACGAACAGCCAUCCUCAUUUUCUUUCCUUCCUUCUUCUCUUCAUCUUCUCUUAAUUCACCUUCACAUUCCUUUCGUCGUCGUCUCUUCGACUCCUCACUGGACAGGAUUCCGGUCUCAGAGCUAGGAUCUCUGUAGUUCUUUGAUCUUACACCGCCGUAGACCGGUCUCUUCAAUCACUUGUGCAAGUAACCAGUGUCGUUCCUAUUUCUGAAGACAUGGUUAGCCUUCUUCUCGCCUAUCGUUAUGCUUUCUUUGCUCUCUUUACUAUUUGCAGUGCUGUUAUUUGUGCUGUCGCCGUCUGGAACUUUACUCUUGGUCGUAAUGCGGGCCUGAAUCCCCAGGUCGAUAUUUUCCUCGCCUUCCUUGGGGCGCUGGGUGUGGUUGUCAUCCUCCCAAUCAUAUUCCUCGAUGUUUUCCGCCGCAAUGCGCUCCCAACACGCGUUUGGGUUGAAUGUGCAUGGGUUGCUCUGUUCUGGAUGUUGUACCUUGCUGGAGCGUCUGCUGCAACGUCUUUGCUGCCAGAUAUGAUGUGCUCUCCUCUCGCUCCUUUGUUCCCAGGUUAUACAGCAAGUUCCUGCACUUCGAUGAAGGUGCUCUUGGUGUUCUCGUGGUUGUGCAUGACUGCUUUAUUCGUCUAUCUUGUUGCCUUGGUAGUAUCUGCCCUCAUGCACCAUGACGAUGACCCCAGUGUCUGGCAAUCUAGUGUCUGGCAAUCUAGUGUCUGGCAAUCUAGUGUCCGUUUCUUCCCUUGGUACGCUACCCGGGCCUCGUUACCGAGCGCGCCAUCCAGCCCCACCAAGACAUGGCAACGACCGUUCGCCUUGGUCGCACCACAACCAAAACACGCUGUUAACCAGGCUGCAGUAGCACGUAUGGAUGUUCCUGCUGACGUUGAGGCGCCACCUGCAGUUUCUCGCAUCGUUCCCAUGAGGCAGGCUACACGACCUUUCAUUUCUCAGCCCCAACUUGUAGCGUCGAUGUACCCUCCCCAUAUCCAGGCCAAGAUGCCCGAAACCACUCGUGGAACCGCUCAAGUGUUAGCGCCAGCACCUCCACCUUUAGGUGAUUGGCCACGAUCCGCACAGCAACAGCGACAGCAAAGAUCAGCACGGAAACCCGCACCCUCAGCCACUUCAGUGUCUACACCCACAGACUCAAGGCGAGGAAGUCCCACGAGCCGUAGACCACCUCCGCUUGAUUUGACCAAAAUCAGUGCUUACAACAGGGUAGACGAACGAAGGAAUUGAUGAGAGAAGUGCUGUGUAUUACAUUUUAUCUUGUAUCAUGGCGGACUCAUGUAGUGUACGUCGAGCGUAACCAAUCCUUCCUUCCCAUGUUUACGUGUACAUUAUUCACGAGCACAUCUAACGUCAUUAUGCCUCAAACUUUGCGGAAAAGAGUUUGGAAGUUAUGUGAAAACGUUCUAUGGAUGUAGACGAAGUACAUUGAGAUAAGAUGAAGUAAAAC